UUUUCCCAGAUGCUGUAGCAAAAUGUAAAAAAAAUUAACUACCUUACACCGAGAAUAGUUACCACGCUCUUCAAGCUUCAAUUUCAGAACUGAUCUUUUGUGAGAGUUCUUCAUACAUUUUCGGAAUCAACACCACGGCAAGACUUUCGAUAAAUAGACUAACAAGUUUGGCAAAUCAUGGGACCAGCAAAGAGGGUAGCCGUGGUGGGUGCUGGGGUAAGCGGUCUGGUUUCGGUUAAAGCAUGCCUUGAAGAGGGACUCGAACCCGUGUGCUAUGAACGGAACGAUGAGAUAGGUGGAAUAUGGGUCUAUCGCGAUACAAAUCCAAACGGGCAGACCGAUGCGGCCAUCUACGAAGGUUUGGUCACCAACUCAAGCAAAGAGAUGAUGUGCUUCAGUGAUUUCCCGUUCCCUCGGGACUGGGCACCCUACAUCCAAGGUCGACAACUCAACGAAUAUUACCACGCCUAUGCUGAAAAAUUUGAUCUCAACAGACAUAUACAUCUUAAUACCGAGGUUCUGUGUGUCGAGAAGACAAAGGAUCACGAAACGACGGGCCAGUGGUCUGUGUUGGUCCGGAACCAGGACGGGACAGAGAGCGAGUCUGUCUUCGAUGCUGUCAUGGUGUGCACGAGUAUCUUCAACAAGCCAUUCGUUCCGUCAUACCCUGGAAUGGACGUCUUCAAAGGAGAGAUCUGCCACAGUCAACAGUUCCGUAAAGGAGAAAACUUCAAAGACAAGACAGUUCUUGCUGUUGGUGGUUCCCAUUCAGCAGGAGACAUGGCUGUCAAUUCUAGUCGAUUCGCAAAACAGGUAUACCUCAGCACACGUACAGGUACCUGGUUGGUGAACCGGAUGCAGUCUGAUGGUAUGCCUCGUGAUAUGACCAUCCACCGUCGCUACAUGACCCAUGUUCCCGUGAGCUGGAAGUUGAAGAGAUUCGAACAGGAGAGUAUUACAAGGGUGGACCCAUCGCUCAUUGGUAUCAAGAGUUCCAAGCGAUAUGGUACCACGACGGUCAUGAUCAACGAUGAUCUAGGCACGAUGGUCCUCAAUGGCAAAGUUAAGACGAAGCCUGGAAUAGAUCACUUUACUGAGAAAGGGGUUGUGUUCAAAGAUGGCUCAACCAUUGAAAAUCUUGAUGCUGUCGUCUUUGCAACUGGAUUCCAAAUAUGCAAUCCGUUCAUCAGUUCUGACAUCAUACCAGAUCGUCUAGAGGAUAUGGAAAUGUUCCACUUUGUUUGGCCAGCAAAAGAGAAACAGCACACUUUGGCAGCUAUUGGGUACAUCAUGAUCAUUGGACCACAUGCCCCGGCUCUGGAGCUACAGGCUCGAUGGGCAGUCCAGGUCUUCCAGAAGAAAGUAGGACUACCCCCACAGGAGAUCAUGAUGAAGGAAAUCAAUGGCCGUAAGAUGGGAACCUUCAAGAGAUUUGGCAAACAUAAGAUACAGACUCUUCCACUGCCAUACCAAGACAUCAUAGCAGGUUUCAUCGGAGCUCGACCCAACUUCAAAUCCUUGAUCUUCAGUGAUCCUUGGCUCGCUUAUCAACUCUUCUUCGGACCGGCCUACCCUGCAGGAUAUCGCCUGUUUGGACCGCAUACUUGGCCGAAAGCUCGGGAACACAUCGAACGUGGUGUCGACAAUGUCAUAUUCCCAACCAGGACACGCAUCGUUGAAACGGCGCACAAUGCGAGGAGCAUCUUCCGCCUGACAGUGAACGGUUUUCUCAAGACAGCAUUUAUGGCUGUUCUGGCCAUAUUUAUUCUUUCUGUUCUAACCUAAUAUGGACAUGUAAUGUAAAUAUAUUAAUAUAUGCAUUCUGUAAAAUAAAAGACAGAUACAUAGUAGUAAUAAAAAUAGUGGGUUCUUAUUCCUUGCUCACAUCUGUCAGAUAUGAUACUCCUGGGGUCUGUUGCAGAAAGAGUUGCGUUAAAACACAAGUAAAAAAUCAAUCGCAAGUCCAAAAUGUGCUCUGUUGA